CAUGGUUCCAGAAGCGACGGUUAUAUCAAGGUCAUCUGUCGUGUGAGGCCCCUAAAUGAUGCUGAAAUUUCCAGUGACAGCAAAUUUGUUGUCACCUUCCCCGGAGAUGGAAAGAGCAGUAUAUCUCUUGGGGGAAAGAGUUUCAACUUCGACCACGUCUUCCAACCAAAAGCAACACAAUCUGAAGUGUAUGACAUUGUUGCUAAACCCAUAGUGGCAGAUGUCCUCAAUGGCUACAACGGAACGAUCUUCGCCUACGGUCAGACCUCUAGUGGCAAGACUUUCACGAUGGAGGUGAGGUUCAUUCCAAGAAUCAUCCAUGACAUUUUCAACCACAUAUACCAAAUGGAUGAGAACCUGGAGUUCCACAUCAAGGUGUCCUAUUUUGAAAUUUAUAUGGAUAAAAUAAGAGACUUGUUGGAUGUUUCAAAGACAAACUUAUCAGUUCAUGAAGACAAGGAUCGGGUGCCUUAUGUUAAGGGCGCAACGGAACGAUUUGUUUCCAGUCCCGAAGAGGUGUUCGAUGUAAUAGAUGAAGGCAAGGUUAAUCGCCAUGUUGCCGUUACAAAUAUGAACGAGCACAGUUCCCGGAGCCAUUCGGUUUUCAUGAUCACCGUUCGACAAGAGAAUUUGGAGACACAAAAGAAAUUGCACGGAAAGCUUUACUUAGUGGAUCUUGCAGGUAGUGAAAAAGUGGCGAAAACUGGCGCCGAAGGCCAGGUGUUAGACGAAGCCAAGAAUAUCAACAAAUCUCUUUCCGCUCUUGGAAAUGUCAUCAACGCUCUUGUUGAAGGCAGUUCCCAUGUGCCCUACCGAGAUUCAAAACUGACCCGGAUCCUUCAGGAGUCUCUCGGUGGGAAUGCGCGCACGACAAUGGUGAUAUGUUGCUCCCCGGCAGCUUACAACGAUUCUGAGACCAAGUCCACUCUCAUGUUCGGUAUGCGAGCUAAAACAAUCAAGAAUAAUGUCACCGUUAACGAGGAGUUAACGGCCGACGAAUGGCGCCGGCGGUAUGAACGUGAGAAGGACCGAGUGCGUAAGCUCCGCAUUGUCAUCAGCAAGCUGGAGGCAGAACUAAAGCGUUGGCGUACUGUAGACACCGCUUUCACUGUUUCAGUUUCAGGCGAUGAACCAGUGACUGAUUUUGAGGGUAGGCAAAUCACCUGA